AUGCCGGCACCCCGACCUCGGGCUCCCGGCCCCCGAGCUGUGCUGUGCGAAACACAUUUCCGUUGUUGUGAGGCGGCGCUUUGUGACAGCAGGUCGCUGAUGGCGGCCAACGGGAAAGGAGACGCGGGAGAGAGGAGCGCUGGGCACCGGCAGAUCUGGGUUCCGGUUCAGGCGCCGUCCUUCGGGAGCUGCGGGAGAGCGGGAGGUCCUGGGGUGCUCGUCUGUCGAGUGGGCGCUCGAGACACCACAGGGAACGACCCUCCUGUCGCCCCUUUUCCCUCUCCCACGCCUCGGGGAGAGGCAAAGAUGCAAGGGCAGCACGUCCUAGCUACUACCAACAUGAGGUGGGACUCACGCUGCGGGAAGUUCUUUAAACGUGGUGUUUCAAAAGAAACCGAGAGGGCCACAAUGCAUCAUGAAUGUGCCCCCGACCUCCUGGAACUGAGAGUCAAUGAACGCCUUAAACAUGGGCAGAACGCUCUCCUGGGCAGCCUCCUGGUCUUUGCCACCUUCGUGACUUUGUGCAAUGCUCAGUGCCGUGUCAUACCGUCUGAGGGAGCUGUAGGUGCUUCGCCCAGUGAAUGCAGGGAUAGCGAUGGGGCCACACACCCGCUGAAGGCAGAGUGGAACACUGGCGACUGUGAGAAGUGCUCUUGCGAAGAGAACGGAAUUCACUGUUGCAGCAUUGUUUUAAAACCUGCGAAAUAUGAUGAAAGCAAGUGCGAGAAAAUCUUCCACCAGGAGACCUGCAGCUUUACCGUGGUGGAGAAGGAGAACCCAGCAAAGACCUGUGUUGUCAAUGGAUGGACAAUGUAA